AUGGCAGCUAUCCAGCUCAACUUCACGCUUCGCACUUCGAGUGGCUGUAAAACAGUGCAUCUGCUAGGAUCAUGGGAUAAUUAUGCAGGACAGCUUCCGCUCUCCAAGGACCCGAAGAAGAGUGGCGGCUGGUUGGGAUGCUUCAAGUUCCAGGGAGGCACAUUGAAGCAGGGUCAGCGGUAUUGGUACUACUACAUCAUCGACGGCUACCACGUCUCGCACGACCCAGCCAAAGACCAUACCACUGAGCCCACUACAGGACGCAAACUCAAUAUCCUAGACAUCCCUGGAAAGACAAAAUCCUCCUCCCAACAAGCCUCCUCGCGCUCCUCCUCAAACCGGCACGAACGGCGCGUCAGCACCGCCUCCACCGCCUCAAUACCAAAAGGCCGCUCGCUCUCGCCCUCCAAGAUCCAGUCACCGAAGCCCGAACGCCCCCACCAAACCCGGCAAGUCAUCAAUACGCAGUACGACAAAGUAGCGCUCGAAGCGCUAUCCACGCGCUUUGCAAGACAAUCUAUAUCGCCGGCGAGUUCCACGACAAGUAUAUCAGAAUCCGACGACUCGUAUUCUGAUAGCGGCUCGGAUGUGCCUUCGCUCACAUCGCGGUCGACGAAUUCGUCGAGCCCGUCGAGCGUGAGCUCGAGAAGCAGUUGUUGUACCUGCGAACGGUACGGCAUCACGCGCGACGGGAAUAGAGUGAAACUUGACUGCGGCGGUGCGCGGUGCGGAUACAGCGACGACUCGUCGGAAUGCUCUUCGGAAGACGACUUCCUGUACGAGGAGAAAACGACGCGUCGGCAAGGCGUCGUGAUUCGCACCUAA